AUGGGGCCAAAACUAGCCACCAUCUCGCUAGUAUUACUAACAUUUUUCACGGACAGUUUGCAAUCCCAGUACUCAUCAACAUCAGAAUGCCCGCCAUAUUACAAUGGAAGCAUCGCAGGAAGCUCUUGCAGUCGAGAGUAUUCGAUAUGUGUUAAUGGAAUCCGACAAGCAGCGACGUGUAGCGAUGGCUACGUUUUCUACGAGGAUGGAUGCGUUCCCAUCGAGGACUCUCCAGAAUGCCAACUGGCUGACGACACCGAAGAAGAGCCAGACGAUAGUUUUGACUGUUCAUCGAAACAGGACGGACUUUACUCGAUCGGCUGCGUGAACCAGUUUGUCAACUGCGUAUCAGGACAAGCCUAUCAGAUGUACUGUCCGGAUGAUUUGGUUUUCCACGGAACGACUCAAGAAUGCCAGGAGUCUUGCGAUGACGUCGAGGGGGACGCCGCAACGGCUUCUCCAGUUGUGUACAGAAACGAAGACGAUGAUGAGGGUUACGAGGAGGGAUCUGGCGAGACUGAAGGAUACUACGAGCCUGAGGUAACCACCGAGGAGCCAAUUGACUUUGAUUGCAAUGGUCUGGAGAACGGAAACUACGCCGAUGGGUGCUCCGAUGUCUUCUACACCUGCAACAACGGCGUAGUGUUCAGAAGAUACUGUCCACAAGGAACCGUUUUCAAUCCCAGUCAACAAACUUGUGAUUACGAUUGCACUGAGGCAGUUACCACUACUACUCAAGCCUACGUGUCAACUACUGAUGCUGAUGUUCCAUCGACCACCACUUCAGAGUACACAACUACUCCACAAGACGAUGAGCCAGAGUACACCACAUCGCCAGGUUUCGAUGAUGUCACAACUACUCAAGCACCAAUCGUUACUGCUCCCACUACCACCACUCAGGCUCCAAUCGUCUGCCACGAAGGACAAAUCACUAGCUUUGGGAUGUGCUCAUCACGUUUCAACCGUUGCCAGAACAACUCGGUCCGCUCGAAGCAGUGUCCAGUCAACACACUUUUUGAGUCAGCUCUCGUUUUGUGCGUUUUCGAUCUUCCACAGUGCCAGCCAGUCACCUAUCCUUCUAACCCAACCUACAACACCUACGGAGAAUUUCCAUCCGAUACCAUUGUCAGUCCAUUUGAUGAGAAUGUUCGUCUGAAGCCAAAAUUCGACAGACGGCCAAAGUACCACUAUGGACCAUACAGACAGCCAGGAUAUGGUAACCAGGGAUACGGAAACACACUUAUUGAGAAUCCAUUCUUCGUUCCACGUCACCAUCCUUAUCGUCAUGUAGGAGAUGUUCACAGAGGAAGAGGACACCGUCGUGGGUAUUACAGACCAACAAUCGAUUCUCCAUUCUCUACUGCUUUGCGUGGACGUGCGGCUCUUGAUGACCAAUUCAAGGAUUACCGUCGCGCUAAAAUGGGAAAGCUUCGGUAUGGAGAAGCCAGAAAGGUUGAGGGCAACAAGCGUUUCAUCCUUGACGACGAGUUCGAAGGACCAAAGGCCAGAUUUGUUCAGUCCGAUAUUCAGAGAAUCUUCCCAGAAGAUCAGCACUCGAAGAGAAAGUUGGGACCACGUGAAGACCCAGAUGGCUACAAGGAUGACAAGAACUUUGAUCCAAAGGACUUGUUCGGAUCUACCGAGAGAAGAAAGCGUUCUGUCUCGUAUGGAACUCAACAAUCCGGAUACGGACAACAGAACACUCUAACCACCGCUCGUCAAGCUCAAGUCAACAAAGAUUGCCAGCCAUACACAACCCCAACAUUCCUCACGUUCGGAGAUUGCUUCGAUCAGUUCAUUUACUGUUCUGGCGAUGGUGUUAACAGAAUGGCUGCUUGUCCGAUUGGAGAGACAUUCAACAAGGCUCUUCGCGCUUGCUCGGAAACAUGUGGAGUCGUUACUCCAGUUGUGACUUCUACUGUUGGAACUCCCACUUCUGACGAUUCGUCUUGGUCUGCCACUACCACUGGAAGCUCGGAUGACACUUUCACAACUCAAGCUCCUUCCACUUACGAGUCUUACACUACAACUCAGUCAUGGAACGAUCAACCAGCCACUACAACUCAAUCGUGGAACGAUCAACCAGCUACGACGACGGCUUCCACUCCUGUUGGAGAUCGUUGCUCUUCUGUGCCAUCUGGUCUAUUCUCUCUCGGAUGCUCUCAAAAGUACAUUCAAUGCUCGAAUGGUGCCGCUAUCGUUCGUCGAUGCGGUGGAUCAUUGUACUUCAACCAACCCCAACAACAGUGUAGUUUCAGAGACGAAGUAACAGAGUGCGGAGUGCAAGCAACCACUACUUACUCCCCAAUAGUUAUUGCGCCAGCCGAAGACCAAACAACCGAUUCAUAUGGAUCACCAUCUGACGAUACUCCAUCUACCACUCGUGCUCCAGUUGGAGAUCGUUGCGCAUAUGUUUCUUCCGGACUCUUUGCCAUGGGUUGCUCUCAAAAGUACAUUCAGUGCUCGAACGGUGCUGCUAUCGUUAGACAGUGCUCUGCUAACUUGUACUUCAAUCAGGCCACAGAGACAUGUACCUUCCAAGAUGUGAUUCCAGAAUGUGAGUGGGAGAUUCCUGAACAUCGGCAAGAUUAUAUUUCAGGUGAGUCUGGUUUCUCGUCAACCAGUGCACCAGGACAGGAUGACCAAACCAUCGGAUACGGAUUGUCGGACGAUCAACCAUCCACAACUUCUGAGUAUGGAUCUUCCACUACCUCUGGCUAUAGAUCUCCAUACAACCCAUCAGAGGACAUUCAAUCCACUACAUCCGGGUACAACUAUGAACCAUCAGAUGAUUCAUCUUCAACCACCACUUUUGGAUAUAAGACCUCCACUCAGCCCGCUGAAGAUCAGCCAGCUACAUAUGCUCCUUCUAUUGCUCCAUACCGUCCAUCGGUUUCGGAAGACGAUCAAAAUAAGCCAGAAGACGCUUGUACUGGAUUGUCUGACGGAACUCAUGGCCAAGGUUGCUCUUCAUCCUUCAUUGUCUGCUCCUACGGACGUCUUGUCAACUCUAUCACGUGCCCAUUGGGACAAGGCUAUGAUCCAUCGAUUCAGAACUGUCGCACUUUCAGCCAAAUCCCAUCCCAAGCUUGUGAUCAAGAGGAGACUACCACAGGUAUUGUAACUAAUCAGAGAGCAAUUCUAAAUAUAUAUUUUACAGAUGCUGGACUCGUGCGACCACUUCCUUAUGUCACCUUGGAAGAUGUUCUCUCCACCACCACCCAAACCAGUACCACAAAUGUUUAUGAUGACGAUCACUCCUACGAGACUGCUCCAUCUGAUGAUUCCGCAACGACUGCAGCAUACGGAGAAGAGACGCCAGGAUCUGAUGCACCAGCUCAAGACGAAACGACUGUUGUAGUUGUCACUGACUUUUCCAACCGCGCUGAUGACGACAGUGAGGAAGAGGAAGACGCCGGAUACGAACAAAAGUGCACACCUGGAUCCCGUGCUUCCACCGGUUUCUGUGUCAAGAACUACUUGGAAUGCACUACCACCGGCUACGCUGAGAAGUCUUGCAGAGUUGGAAAGCUUUUCGAUUCCAAUUCGAACAGAUGUGUUGCCAGAAUCGCUUGUGGAAAGGAGGCUAUUCGUGAUGCCAUUAAGGAUGUAAGUCAUCCAAGUAUAGUAUGUUUUAGUAUGCCUAUGUUUUCCAGAUCAUCGCCACAACUCCAGCUACAACAAAGAAGGUUGAUGGCAGAUGUGCUCAUGUCGAAGGAGAAGGUGUUUUCGCUUUGGGAGCAUGCAGUAGCAACUACGUUCGCUGCACUUAUGGUGCUGCCAAACUUGAGAACUGCCCUGGAAAGCAAGUCUUCUCCCACACCCAAUCAACCUGUAUUUUCCGUGAAGCUGCUACUGAGUGCAGUACUCCACAGAAUGCACCUGUCAAGAGCUAUUACAACAACAACGAACAAUCGGCUUACUGUGACGGAAAGUCGGAUGGUCUCUACGGAAAUAAGAAGGACUGCUCCGCAAUUCUUCAGGUAUAAUUUGGAACUUAACUUCAUUUUCUUAAUUUGUUUCAUUUCAGUGCUUCGGAGGAGAGCUGUUCGAGCAUGCAUCUUGCCCAUCAAAUCUCGCUUUCAACGAGUUGACAGGCAAAUGCGAUUACCCACAGAAGGUCAGCGGAUGCGAGAAUCACGGAAGAACAGAGGGAGUGUGCUCCGAGCACGGAGCCUUCAUCGCCGACGUCACCAACUGCUCAGUAUUCUAUCGCUAUGCCCGUCAGGCACCGUCUUCAAUCCAGCACUGUCCGUUUGCGAUUGGCCGAGCGCCGUUCCCUCCUGUGGUGCCGCUCCACCAGCCGGCGACGACAGCUCCUACGGUGCUUCUUCCUCGUAUAACGAUGAUAACUCGGGAUAUUGA